CUUGUGUAAAUGUCACUGAGUGUAGCGGUUACUCAACUCAUGGGGUUCAUGUUCGGGUUUAGUGUAAUGAGAAGUGGUUUAUCAGAGUGAUUUUAAGGUGAAGUAGCUGGAGGAUGGCUCUCAUGGCGGGGCUUCUCUCCGCGGCUGCUGUCUCUCUGCGCUCCGGAUCGAGAGCUUUAAUGCGAUUCAACACACGAGCUGCAGCCCAUCAGCAGUUAUUAGCCCUCAAACACUUUAAACCAUCUGCAUCCAUAGGGAAUAUCUACUCAUUCCCACGUUUACUGUUAUCCACUGACCCACCUAAAGAUGGAAAAGCAAGUGGACAAGAGCAUAGGCCCAGUGGAGGGAAAUGGAGGAAAGGAGGCAAAAAAGACUGGAAGAGUCGAUUACUGCAGGGAGAUGUGCCAUGGGACGAUAAGGAUUUUCGGUAUAUUUUGAUCACAGCAGGAGGUGUCGCAUCUGUCCUGCUCUACCUGUACCUCAGAGAUCCAGGGAGAGAGAUCACAUGGAAGGAUUUUGUCCAUCGGUACCUGGGAAGAGGCCUGGUCGAACGUUUAGAGGUGGUGAACAAACAGUUUGUCAGGGUCAUCCUGGUACCAGAGGCUGAUACCACAGAAAGCUAUGUGUGGUUUAACAUUGGCAGUGUGGACUCAUUCGAGCGCAAUCUGGAAGCUGCUCAUUAUGAGCUGGGUCUGGAGCCGUCCCAUCGAGCAUCUGUGGUUUAUACCUCGGAGAGUGAUGGGUCUAUUCUCAUGAGUUUCAUUCCCACCUUGCUGUUGAUUGGCUUCUUACUUUUCACUCUACGGCGUGGGCCAAUGGGAGGAGGAAUGGGCGGCGGAAAAGGCGGACCUUUCAGCAUGAGCGAGUCCACUGCCAAGAUGAUGAACGACAACAUUGAGGUGAAGUUUAAGGACGUUGCUGGAUGUGAAGAGGCCAAGGUGGAGAUCAUGGAGUUCGUAAAUUUCCUCAAGAACCCACAACAGUACCAGGACCUGGGUGCUAAGAUUCCUAAGGGUGCCGUGCUUUCAGGUCCGCCAGGCACAGGAAAAACACUUCUUGCUAAAGCCACUGCUGGAGAAGCCAAUGUUCCUUUUAUUACAGUCAACGGUUCAGAGUUUCUUGAGAUGUUUGUUGGAGUUGGACCAGCCCGAGUGAGAGAUAUGUUCUCUAUGGCGAGAAAGAACGCUCCCUGCAUCCUCUUCAUCGAUGAGAUUGAUGCCGUGGGGAGGAAAAGAGGUGGGGGGAAUUUCGGUGGCCAGAGCGAACAGGAAAACACCCUUAAUCAGCUGCUGGUCGAGAUGGACGGUUUUAAUACUAGCACAAACGUUGUAGUUCUGGCUGGUACAAACAGACCAGACGUCCUGGAUCCAGCAUUGAUGCGUCCGGGAAGAUUUGACAGGCAGAUUUACAUUGGACCACCUGAUAUUAAGGGUCGAGCGUCCAUCUUCAAAGUGCACCUUCGGCCUCUCAAACUGGAUCCCAGUCUGGAUAGUAAUGCUAUCGCGAGGAAGAUGGCAGCUGCCACACCUGGAUUCACUGGUGCUGAUAUUGCUAAUGUGUGUAAUGAAGCUGCCCUUAUUGCUGCCAGACAUCUGAAUGAAUAUAUCGACGUUAAACACUUUGAGCAGGCCAUUGACAGAGUCAUUGGAGGUCUGGAGAAGAAGACGCAGGUCUUACAGCCCACUGAGAAAAAGACAGUAGCCUAUCACGAGGCAGGACAUGCAGUAGUGGGCUGGUUUCUCCAACAUGCUGACCCACUCCUCAAGGUUUCAAUAAUUCCCAGAGGAAAAGGUCUGGGCUAUGCACAAUACCUUCCGAAAGAGCAGUACUUGUAUACACGAGAGCAGCUGUUCGACAGGAUGUGUAUGAUGCUGGGUGGACGUGUGGCCGAGAAGGUGUUUUUCAGCAGAAUCACCACUGGUGCGCAUGAUGACCUAAAGAAGGUCACGCAGUCAGCAUACGCUCAGAUUGUGCAGUUUGGCAUGAGCGAGAAGGUUGGGCAGGUUUCAUUUGAUCUGCCCAGACAGGGUGAGAUGGUUCUGGAGAAGCCCUACAGUGAAGCCACAGCAGAGCUUAUUGAUCAGGAGGUCAGAGAGCUGGUUGACAAGGCCUUCAGCAGAACUCUGGAGCUUAUCACUGAGAAACGAGAGCAGGUGGACAUGGUUGGACGGCGUCUGCUAGAAAAAGAAGUUCUAGACAAAGCUGAUAUGGUCGAGUUGCUGGGGCCCAGGCCAUUUGAGGAGAAGUCCACAUAUGAGGAAUUUGUAGAGGGCACGGGCAGCUUUGAAGAAGACACAAGCCUUCCAGAAGGCUUGAAGGACUGGAACCAAGACAGAAGAGAAAAACAGGAGGAGACACCAGACACACAGGAAAAACAGGCUGCUUGAAAUGAACACAAAAUACUUUCCACCUGACUGGUACACUUGCCUUACUGUGGUCAAUCUGUGAGACAGGAGCAUCAGUUAUCUUGGCUUCAUAUACAAAGAAUGUGAUUUUCCCUGAAAUUUCCCUUGGACAUCCAGUGUUAACCAAAAGCAGGGAAAGACUUCUGUAGUUCAGAUGCCUUAAUUUGUUGAUAUACACCAUGACGAUUUCAAUACCCAGGCCAGCACUGAUGUCUGUACGUUAACUCAGACUUGGGGGACAGAUCAAGAAUCUACAAUUAUGUUUAGUUAUUUUUAUCCUAAGGUUCAUGCCAUUGCAUCAUAGACUAAAUUUAAUCUUUUUAUCUGCUCUUAUCUUCCUCUUUAUAUAGAAAUGGAAGAAAAAUCUGUAUAUUUGUACAAUUUUCAUGUGUGUGUUCUGGUUAAAAAAUGUUUUGAACUUGUACUUAUUUAAUUAAAUGAAAGAGGUCAUCUCAGUUUUCCCUGAACUUUAUCCCUGUACAUUAUACACAGCUAUUUACCUUAAAAGUAAGGUAAGGAAUAUUAAAUAUUGAUUUGAAAGAUUUUAUUUGCUCAUUUUAACAAAUGCAGACCUUCUACGAGGAAAGCCCGUUUAGUUUUGAUUUUAAAGACGAGACAUUUAAAAGUCACAAACACACUAUUUGGUUUACUUAUUUGGAAAUAUAAUGCCGUGUAUGUUAUUAAAAGACAUAUUUAGAUUUACUUUUAUGUUACUGGCCAAUCAGAAUCUAGCAUGAGAGCCGUGUAAUAAAUAUUUAUAAAUGUAUCACUUUAUCAUGAUUUACAGCAAGUCUUUCUCCUAAAGGAAACCCAAAACUCUUUCAGCACCUCAAAGCAUUAGUUUUUAUUGCAUUUCCCACAUUGGCACAGACUAAAGUAGGGCAUCAUGAUUUAUCACACUUUCCCAUCCCAUCUUUAUUACAAACUCUUCAAUGUUAGCUGGUUGAGCUUUAGCACAUGGAACCAGAACUGUCUUAACUGAAUAUAAACCGGUAUGGGAAAUCAGAUUGGUUUUGUGUAUGCAGUUUCCACAUGUUUAUUCGGCAACACUACUGUCUAUUAUAAAUUUUAAUCAAACAACAAAUUAGACAAGAUGAACAGAAAAACAUCAAUAGCUCUUUGCUUAGUAGCUUUAGUGGGUAUUAAAAUAUUAUAUCCAAUGCGUAUAGUGAAGACUAUACAAGUGUUUUAUUUUGUAUUAGAUAUUGUAAAUUUCUAAAUGUUUACUUGAUGUUGUUAUAUACUUGCAAAAUAGUCCUAAACAGCAGAUUUGAGAUUAUGCUAGUUAUUAUUUAGUUAUUUGAUAACCACUAGCUAACUAAGAAGACUGGGAGGUGCGCUACAAUUUGCUCUUGAUUGUCUUUUGCCAAUGAUAUAGCCUAUAAAUCUUAUCUGUACACCACACUGUACCACAAAAUCCAGCGGAGUCACAAAUCCAGCCCUUUUCACCAGAUCAGCAUUUUGUACCGUAAAACGAAAUAAAACGGGAAACGUC